AUGAUCGAGGAAGUUCAGAAUGCAAAGAUAAAGAUAUUGUUCGUUGACAUACACAACGGAAAUUGUAAUGAUAACGCUAUUGAUGAUGGUGCAAAAAAGAAACUGGCAAAGGAAGUGGAUGUUCUAGAGGCAAUUGUUCGUGGAGAUAUGAUGGCCAGCUUAUUGAAGAAGCAGAGUCUGGAUAAUCCGGCACUCCCAUUGUCGGACUCGCUAUUCUCACACGAGACCGGCAUUGGCAAUGCCGGCCUCGGUUUGAUUAGCGAGACCGGCACUCCCACUGCCGGCGUCGGUUCAAAGACGACAAAGCCAGUGACAAAGGCAAACUAUGUAGACGAAGACUCAAAACCAAUUGUAAUAGCAUUCGCUAAAGCACUUAAGAGUUUUUUGAAAGAAACAUUUGAUAAUGUUGGAGACAAUGCAGUUAAAAAUCCAAGUCAGAAACAUGCCGCUGCCCUUGGCGAGGAUGACACUCUAAAGAACGAGAGACAGGCACUUCUGCAGUUUAAGCAUGAUAUUAUAGAUGUUGCUGACCGGCUCUCUUCAUGGAACAAUGCUAAUACAGACUGUUGUAGAUGGUCUGGAAUCGUCUGCGAUAAUUUUACCGGUCAUGUCCAAGAGCUUCACCUCCGAGGACCUGAUCCUGAACUCGAAGAUGCAUCAACUCAGGUGCUAGGAGGAAACAUAGAUCCUUCUCUGCUGUUGUUGAAGCAACUUAAGCACCUAGACCUUAGCUGCAAUGAUUUUCAAGCUACCGAAAUUCCCAGUUUUAUAGGCUCUCUUAGGAAUUUGAGAUACCUUAAUCUCUCAAAGUCACAGUUCUACGGUCAAAUCCCUCCCCAAAUUGGAAAUUUGUCCAGGUUGGUUGUUCUUGAUCUUGGGAACGGGCCAUGGCUAACUAAUGUUCCUGUGAACAGUCUGCAUUGGUUGUCAGGUCUUCCUUUGUUGCAGUAUCUUGGUAUGUCUGGCUAUGACCUUAGUAGCGCAUCCGAUUGGCUUCAAGAGAUCAACACUCUCCCAUCUUUGGUGGAACUGCACUUGUCAUCAUGUAAUUUGACUCGAGUUCCUCAUAAUCUUACCAAGGUUAAUAUUACUUCACUAACCGUCCUUGAUCUAUCGUACAACAUUUUUGACAGUUUAAUGCCUACGUGGAUUUUUAGUCUAACUAAGCUAGUUUCCUUGGAUUUGACUAGAUGCCUUUUCCAUGGUCCAGUUUCUGAAAGGGUCAGCGGUUUUCAUAACAUGACUGAACUAAAAAUUGUUCACGUGUCUGAAAAUGAUUUUAUGAAUUCGACAUCUGUAUUGAGCGGGUUAUUGAGCGUAACGAGUCUUGUUUCCAUAGAUAUUAGUACUUGCAAUCUUUCUUUUUCAAUUCUUGGUGGUCUGCAGAACAUGGCUUCUCUUGUUAGCAUCGACAUAUCUCAAAAUCAAAUCAAGGAGGUCUUGCCAAACUCAUUUGGCAACCUUUGCAAUUUGAGAUAUGUUGAUCUCCGUGCUAAUUAUUUCAACGGAAGUGUAUCAGAGCUUCUGAAUAACUUCUGCGAAUGCAGUUCGCCUAAGUUGGAGUAUUUGGCUCUCACUGCAAACAUCCUUUCUGGCCAUUUACCAGAUAGACUAGGAAAACUUCAAAAUCUAGUCACUCUUGAUCUUGCAUUCAAUUACAUUUCGGGUACAGUUCCAGAUUCUUUAGGAAGAUUGUCAUUCUUAAAGGAGUUGAUGCUCAAUGUUAACUCCCUCUCUGGCCAGCUCCCUGAUACAAUUGGGUACUUAACGUCAUUGGAAUGGUUAGAGAUUUCUUUCAAUAACUUCACUGGAAGGCUACCUGUAACUAUAGGAAAGCUAUGGAAUUUGAAGUAUUUGAGUGUGCAUCACAAUUUGCUGACAGGAGAUGUAACUGAAGAUCACUUUGCCAAUCUCACCGCAUUGAACAAUAUAUGGGCAGAGGCAAACAUGUUAAUGCUAAAACUAAGUGACAGUAAAUGGGUGCCCCCUUUCAAACUUGAUGUCUUGAGAAUAGGUUCUUGGAAUUUAGGCCCCCGAUUUCCUUCAUGGCUUCAGUCACAAGGUAACUUGACAGAGUUGGACAUAGCCAACACGGGUAUUUCAGAUAUCAUGCCUAGUUGGUUUUGGAGCACCUUUUCUAAUAUUGUUUUCUUGAAUAUAUCUCACAAUAAAGUUCAAGGGAUGUUGGUAGGAGAUAUUAGAAUCCUUGCACGAAAUGCAGUUGUAGAUUUAAGCCACAAUCAUUUUGAAGGUCCAAUACCUGACAAUUUCAACCAAGCUGACUUUGCUCUUCUAGAUUUAUCGAGUAAUAAUCUUUCAGGAUCUCUAGAGCAAUUAUUGUGUUCGAGUUUAGGAGAUAGACAACUACAAGUUCUUGAUCUUGCCAAUAAUAACCUGUCAGGUGUUAUUCCUGAUUGCUGGAUGAAAUGGCAAGCUUUGUCACUAGCAAACUUUCAGAAUAAUAAUCUUUCUGGCAGAAUUCCACAAUCCGUGGGAAACUUAUCUUCCCUCCAAUCAUUCAAUAUCCGUAGUAACAAGCUCUCUGGAAACAUACCUGCAUCUCUCUUAAAUUCAAAAAGUUUACAAAUUAUUGAGCUUGCUGAAAAUGAAUUCACUGGAAGCAUACCAUCGUUGAUAGAGGGAGAAGAAACAAAGUUGAGACUACUCAGCCUCCGGUCAAACAAGCUGGAAGGUGAAAUCCCAGAUGAACUCUGUCGUCUCACAUCUAUCCAGAUCUUGGAUCUUGCUCAUAACAAUCUUUCAGGAACCGUGCCAACGUGUUUUAGCAACUUCAGUAUCAUGUCUGGAAGGCAACAAUCGAGUGCUAUUGUGCUAUAUGAUGUGCCAUUUCAGGUGCAAGUUCUUGGCAGUGCAUCGUUGGUGACUAAAGGAAGAGUGUUUGAAUAUAGCACAAUUCUGUAUUUGGUUACAACUUUGGAUCUUUCAGGUAACAAAUUAUCCGGUCCCAUUCCCAGAGAACUUAUGGACCUCGUAGGCUUGCGUUAUAUGAAUUUGUCAGAAAAUCAUUUAACAGGAAGAAUUCCAGACGAGAUUGGUAGGAUGACAUUACUUGAAUCUUUAGAUUUGUCUGUUAACCAGAUUGAUGGGCGGAUUCCUUGGAGCAUGUCGAGGUUGACAGCCUUAAAUUCCUUGAACUUUUCUUUCAACAAAUUGACAGGAGAAAUCCCAACAAGUACUCAGUUGCAGAGUUUAAACGGGUCAAGCUUCAUGGGCAACACACUUUGUGGGCUUCCACUUGCAGAGUCAUGCAACAAGAAACGGGUCGCACCUGAUGUAAACACUCGGGAUUUUUCAGAUGGACAGGAAUGGGGAUUCAUCAUCAGCAUUGUGAUUGGCUUUGUUAUCGGUUUUUGGGCUGUGAUUGCUCCUCUUAUUGCUAGCAAAGUAUGGAGAAGUGCUUAUUUCAAUUAUCUAUGUAAAGGGUGGUCAAAGAUAUGUGUUGCUUGUUGUAAGCAUUUUUGA